GAAUGUUCGUGGUAUAUAAAGAAGAGUUGCUCUCUAGGGAUGCUGCAAUACUCUUGAGUGUAAUAUAGAGGACAGAAGGUGUACUAAUAAAUUUUGUAAACGAUCUUCCAUUUAUUUACUACUAUGUUCAAUUAUCAGUUUCAGAUCAUCACAAUAAUAGGAUUUUUCUAUUUUAUUCAAGCUGAUGUUCAACAAAGUUAUACAAUAUCACAUGGGAAUUAUUUCCGUCCAAAUAUUCCAUGUGAAGAAUUACACUCUAUGCGUUUAAAUAAUUUCGCUGCACCAAUUGCAUGUGGAUUCAGACUUAAAAUAUCAAAAGCACUAGAAAAUCAAGAUCAAACAGCUCCAGUUUACGUCAGAGUAUCAACACCAGCAUCAUAUGUUCCACUACCAAAAACAUCAUCAAUAGUUUAUGUUGCACCGCCAAUUAUUAAAUCUGCCGAUCUUGUGAGAGAUAAUUUCAAUGAUAAAAAUACUGAAUAUACACAAUAUCCCAAGUAUUCAUUCAAUUAUGGAGUAACUGAUGGUUACACUGGAGACUCAAAAUCUGCUUGGGAAGAACGUGACGGUGACACUGUUAAAGGAGAAUAUUCAGUAGUGGAGGCUGAUGGAUCUAUCAGAACUGUAACUUAUACUGCUGAUGAUCAAAAUGGUUUUAAUGCUGUUGUAACAAAAACACAACCUUCACUUUCACCCAGUUAUGAAGGAGCAACAUUUGUGCCUUCAUUUAUAAAAAAUGGAAUUCAUAGAUUACAAAUUUAAACUAGUUCUGUAAUCUACAUAAUUUUUUUAUUUAUUUAUAUUAAAUAUUUCCAUUAAAUAUUUUUGUUUCUUUUUAAUACACAA